UCCCAUAACCCUCUGUUUUCCAAGAUUUCUUGAAUUAACCUCAUUAUCUAUCAUCCAUCCCAAUACUCUCAAAUCCAACGAAUUUUCUCAUGUUUUCCAUCUUCAAAUCGGCAUUCCUCAAUCCCCAUAAACGAUUUUCUCUUAUUCCUAAACAGAUUUGAUGGCUUAAUACAGAGCCUGAACCAGACUCAGUAUUCAGUAAGCUUUUUCGAUUAUCCUCUGAAGAAUCAAUCAGUUACAGACAUCCCAUAUCGCCAGAACACAGAGAGACCUCCGUGGCCAAUAAUUGAAGUUGCCAGCUUCAAUGGGACACUCAUCUUUCACUGAAAUGACCAGACUGCCCUCUCAGAAUCUCUAAAAUGUCAAAACACACCUCUCCACCUGUCGCAUCUGUUUCCCGCCAAAUUACAACUGUAUCCUUCUUUUUCCUCUCCUUCGUCGGCUUCUUUUUCCGGCCAACGCUCUGUUCUUCUUCGGCUGCUGAAGUCCGAGCGCUGCUUGAUUUCAAAAAACAGCUCAAAGACCCUUUCCAUUACUUGGAUUCAUGGAAGACCGCAGGCUCCCCGUGUCGAUUUUAUGGGGUUUUGUGCGACGAUGUAACGGGUCGGGUGGUGGAGAUUUCAUUGAAUUACAAAUCGCUCUCCGGCAAGAUUUCACCGGCUAUUUCGACGCUUGAGAGCCUCAGAUCUCUGGUGAUGCCUUCGAAUUUUAUCGUCGGUGAGCUCCCGGCCGCGAUCGCCAAUUGCAGCGACCUCAGGGUUUUGAAUGUGACCGCAAAUAACAUGACCGGUGUUUUACCGGAUCUUUCGAAGCUCACAAAACUGGAGGUUCUGGAUCUUUCCGAUAACUAUUUCAAGGGAGAUUUCCCGACAUGGGUCGGAAAUUUGACGGGUUUAUCAGCACUUGGUCUUGCCGAUAAUAAUUUCGACGCGGGUGGUAUACCAGAAAGUAUUGGGAAUUUGAAGAACUUAACAUGGCUUGAUCUGGGAGGUUGCCAAUUGACAGGAGAAAUUUCGAAAUCUAUAUUUGAUCUGAAAGAACUGAGAACAUUAGAUCUUUCCAACAACAACAUUUCCGGCGACUUUCCGGUAGGAAUCACCAAGCUGCGAAACCUCUGGAAAAUAGAGCUUUUCGCGAACCAGUUAACUGGAACAAUCCCACCGGAGUUGACAGAGCUAAACCUCUUGCAAGAAUUUGACAUUUCCGCUAACCAGAUGCAUGGCGAACUGCCUACCGGAAUCGGGAAUAUGAAAAAUUUGACGGUUUUUCAAUGCUACAUGAAUCAUUUCUCCGGCGUACUUCCUCCAGGAUUCGGAGACAUGCUAAACCUGAAGGGUUUCUCCAUUUACCGGAAUAAUUUCUUGGGAACAUUGCCUGAAAAUUUUGCAAAGUUUGCUCCUCUGGUUGACAUUGACGUAUCGGAGAACAAAUUCUCUGGCGAGUUUCCAAAGUUCUUGUGUGGCUCUGGCAAACUGGAGAAGUUGUUAGCUCUUGGAAAUGAAUUUUCCGGCGAAUUCCCGGAAAAUUACGCCGAAUGCAAAUCUUUAAUAAGGUUAAGAGUCAGUCUGAAUCAAUUUUCUGGAAAAGUCCCAGAUGGGUUAUGGGCUUUGCCAUCUAUAGAUUUUAUAGAUCUGAGCGAUAACAAUUUCAGUGGAGAAAUUUCUUCGUCCAUUGGAAUUUCCACCAAAUUGACUCAACUGUUACUGUAUGAUAAUGACUUUUCCGGCGAGAUCCCGUCAGAAAUCGGGAAACUGAGUCAACUUGAGAAGCUCGAUUUGUCGAACAACAAGUUUUCCGGCAGAAUCCCAUCUGAAAUUCAGAAUGUGAUGCAGUUAUCGUACUUGCAUCUCGAAAACAACUUAUUUUCUGGUUCAAUUCCGCCCGAACUGGGGGAAUGUGACAAGCUAGUGGACUUAAAUCUUGGCCGGAAUUUCCUGACGGGAAAAAUUCCCGACAGGUUGGCUGAUAUUUCGUCGCUAAAUGCUCUGAACUUGUCACGAAAUCUCUUGACAGGUGAAAUUCCCGACAAUCUCAAACGUUUAAAAUUGAGCUUGAUUGAUCUUUCGAUUAAUCGUUUGUCCGGAAGAAUUCCGUCUGAUCUUUUAAGUAUGGGAGGAGACGAUGCUUUUGCCGGAAACGAAGGACUCUGCGUCAACGAAAAUUCCGGGAGGAAAGUAAAUUUGGAACUGGACGUUUGUGAUGGUAAACAGCGUCAUCGCGAAAUCAACAAAAGCAAGCUACUUAUGUUUUGUGUCAUAUUGGUCAGUUUGAUCGCGGUGUUAGGAGGGUUGAUGUACGCAAUUUACAAAAACUUUAAGAUGCGUCGAGGAAAAGCCGACAACAAACAUGGUUUUGACGACGAGAAAGGGACGGAAAAUCCGAAGUGGAAACUCGAAAAUUUCCAUCAAAUCGAAUUCGAUGCCGAUGAACUAUGCGAUUUGGAGGAAGGAAACUUGAUUGGAGUUGGAGGUACUGGAAAAGUGUAUCGGGUGGAGUUGAAAAAGUCAGGGUUAACGGUUGCGGUGAAGCAGAUCGGGAAGGGGGUCCAGGUGCAAGUCAUGACAGCAGAAACCGGAAUCCUCGGGAAGAUCAGGCAUCGGAACAUACUGAAACUUUAUGCUUGUUUGAUGAAAGGGGGUUCUAGCUAUUUGGUUUUCGAGCAUAUGGUUAACGGGAAUCUGUACGAGGCGUUAAGCCGAGUGGUGAAGAAUGGGGAUCCCGAGUUGGAUUGGUUUCAAAGGUACAAGAUCGCUUUCGGGGCUGCAAAAGGAAUCGCUUAUUUGCACCAUGAUUGUACUCCGGCUAUUUUACAUCGAGAUAUCAAAUCUAGCAACAUUUUGCUCGAUAAAGACUUUGAGCCGAAGAUCGCUGAUUUUGGGGUGGCGAGACUCGCUGACGACGGCUGUUUAGGGUCGGACUCCAACUGUUUUGUAGGCACCCAUGGUUACAUUGCUCCCGAGUUGGCAUACACACUGAAAGUGACGGAAAAGAGCGAUGUGUAUAGUUUCGGGGUGGUGUUAUUGGAAUUGGUGACGGGAAGAAGAGCGAUAGAGGAGGGAUAUGGCGAAGGGAAGGACAUCGUGUAUUGGGCUUUGUCUAACCUUAAGGAUCGUGAAAACAUCCUUCAACUACUUGAUCCCAUGUUAAUCUCGGAGGACGAGAGUGGUGAUUUAGCCGAUGACAUGAUGAAGGUUUUGCAAAUCGGUUUGGUUUGUACCACAAAACUACCGAAUCUGAGGCCGAGCAUGAGGGAGGUUGUGAAGAUGCUUACGGAUGCUGAACCUUGCAACGGUUUGAGAUGGAGAGAUGAUCGUGAUAAGAUGGGAAAGGUUUUGUUCUAAUGCCAUAUAUUAGUUAAACGAACGAACUUGUGAUGAAGACUUGUUUAUAAAUGCAUGUAUUCUAUGCUUUUGUUUUUCAAUCCGCUUUACGAUUUCUAGUUUACGAUCGGUUAUGUGUGUAUGUUGUGUAAAACUGUUAUAUGAUUUGUAAUGUAAUCAAGAAAUUUAGAC